CCCUCCCUGCUCGCUCGCUCUUUUUUUUCUUCCUGCACAUUCAACAAACAUCGCGCUGAAUGACAAGGGUGGCGUUGGUCAAGAAAAGCCAUUAAGCAGGCUCCCAUCAGUGAACAAAGUCAAGUUCCCGACUCAGCCGGAGAAACAAUUCAUUCGAGGCUCUUUGUUGUUGUUUUUACCCCGUUACACUGUUAAGAGGGAAAGAAAGCAAACACCUCCAAAGCCUCGAUCUGGACGAGGAAAUAAUUGCUUGAGUGUUUUUAAAGUCUGCGCGACGCUAUGCCCGCGCUUUCACCCGAGGAGAUGUGAACUGGUAGGGUGCAUCAGUCUCCAUACAACAGUUGUGUAUGGAGCUCCGGGCCGGGGCCGGCUUCCCUUCCUUGCGCGCCUGGGGCUUCCCGGGCGAUGCCGCCGCCGCCGCCCCUCUCGCCGCCGGCCCCGAGAGGACCUGGGCUGCUCGGCAGAGGCUGAACCCGGGGCAGGAGGAGGAAGCGGCGCCUGUUCCCCCCCGGCGGCCGGACCCAGGACUAUGGCCGUGUCCUGCUACGCGCUCAACAGCCUAGUGGUCAUGAAGAGCGGCGAGGAAGAGGAGAAGCGCGGCGGCGGCGGCAGGAGCAAGACGCCUCCCUUGAUGCGCAGGCAGGUGCAGCAGCCCGCUGUGGGCCGGGCGGGCGAGAGGCAUAGCAGCUACUGCCCGGCGCUCCCCAGGCGCAGCGUCGGCUCCAGCAGCAGCAGCAGCGGCAGCAGCCCGAGCAGCAGUAGCAGCAGCGCCGCCGCCGCCGCCGGGCCGGCUUUCCUUUUCCCCGAGUCGGCCGAAGACGCGGCGGGCGGGCGCGGGACUUCUCGACGCCUGAGCAGCCCCGGCUGGGCGAGCCGCUUCGGGCAAGGGUUGCAGCAGGCGAGCCCUCCGGCUCGGUCCCCCUCUCCGGCCUCGAAGCGGAUCCUCCAGCGGGAGCUGCAGCACGUGCAAGUGACUCAGAAAGUGGGACUCUUCGAGGCGCACAUCCAGGCGCAGAGCUCCGGGGAUCCCGCGCUCCUCCUCCAAAGCCCCCGCCCGGGCAGGAGGAGGUCGCCUUCGCCCAGCCCAGUCCGGCCAGCCCCGUUGUUCGUUGGCAUCCCAGCUGAGGGGACCGGGAAACAGGAGGAGGAAGAGAAGGCGAAGGGACCGGGGAGCCCUUUGUCCCCCUUGGAGAUCAAGGAGGGGACUUUGGAGCAGGAGAGGGUCCAAGGUGCUGGCCGUCUCAAGGCAGAGAAGAGCAGCCACUCUUCUGGUGCUGCUGGUACAAUGGACUCUUCGGUGGAAAAUGGGCUCUUCGGUCUGCAGCGCCCAGAGAACAUGGAGAUGGGUGGCAGGCUCUCCAGAGCGCAAGACUCAAAAGAGGCAGAGAUGGGGAACAGAUUGGCCCAGGCACCCUGCCCCGACGAGGCAGAAGAGGAUGUGUUUUCAAAGAGGCAUUGUUGGGAUGAGAUGGAGACAGCAAAGGGAACAUCUGGGACACAGGGGUUGGGAAAGGUGAGGAGGCUGGGAUCUAGUGGGAGGCAGGACCGGGAUAGGCCGAGUGAGUCCCAGGCGUCAGAAGGGACCAGCAGCGAGAAGCAGCCAAGAGAAGGUGAUGGGAGGUGUUCAGAAGGGCUGGAUGAGGUGAACAGAACCUGCAAGGACUCCGGCUUCUCAGAAGCCCAGCAGGGAACGAGCAGCUUUCCCAGAGGGCAGGGCUUAAAGGCUGGGGAGCUGCCCUUUGGAGAGCAGCUCCAGGAGGCAAGCAUCCUGCCUUGUCCUGCCAGGACUGAUAAGGAGGGCAGCAGCUGCCUGUUGGUUUUGGCAGACUCUAAGCCACUUUCGGAGCUCAUGGCUGAAGUCACCAGAGAUGACCUGCAAGGAAAGCAUCCUGGAGAGCAGCUGUCACCAUCUGCAGAAGCAGGAGCACAAUGGGAGAAACCUCCAGGAGAAGGGGAGAACUGCUGUGGAAGAGGCAGCAGCGGCAUCCCUGCAGUCAUUGUUACUGACCUGGGCACUCAGGAGGAGGGAGAAGCGGGAGAGAGCCCCCCACAAAAUAUGCCCAUCAGGAAACUAUCUUCUUCCUCUGCUUCUUCCACUGGCUUUUCCUCAUCCUGGGAAGAGUCGGAGGAAGACAUUUCCAGUGAUCCAGAGCGGUCGUUGGAUCAGAGUCCAGCCUUUCUGCAGACCCUGGAUAAGCCAAAAGUGAGCAAAUCAUGGCGGAAGAUAAAGAACAUGGUGCACUGGUCCCCAUUUGUAAUGUCCUUCAAGAAGAAAUAUCCUUGGAUCCAACUAGCAGGACAUGCAGGUAGCUUCAAAGCUGCAGCAAAUGGGAGGAUCUUGAAGAAGCAUUGUGAAUCUGAACAGCGCUGCUUGGACCGCCUGAUGAAUGAUGUCCUUAGGCCUUAUGUUCCUGCCUACCAUGGGGACAUAGUGAAAGAUGGGGAGCGAUACAAUCAGAUGGAAGAUCUGCUAGCUGAAUUCGACUCUCCCUGUGUUAUGGACUGCAAGAUGGGAGUCAGAACCUACUUGGAGGAAGAACUAACAAAGGCCAGAAAGAAACCAAGUUUACGAAAGGACAUGUAUCAAAAGAUGAUCGAAGUAGAUCCUGAGGCUCCAACUGAAGAGGAGAAUGCUCAACAUGCAGUAACCAAGCCCCGAUACAUGCAGUGGAGAGAAACCAUAAGUUCCACAGCAACUCUGGGGUUCAGAAUUGAAGGAAUAAAGAAAGAAGAUGGCACUGUAAACAGGGAUUUUAAGAAGACCAAGACAAAAGAACAGGUCAUGGAAGCCUUCAGGGAAUUCACCAAAGGAAACUGUAAUAUUCUGAACACUUACCUUAAUCGGUUGAAGGGGAUACGUGCCACCUUGGAAACAUCGCCAUUCUUUAAGUGCCAUGAGGUCAUUGGGAGUUCCCUCCUCUUCAUUCAUGACAAGAGGGAGCAAGCCAAAGUCUGGAUGAUAGAUUUUGGGAAAACCACGCCACUUCCGGAGGGCCAAGUCCUCGAGCACAGUGUGCCCUGGGUGGAAGGGAACAGGGAGGAUGGCUACCUCUGGGGACUGGAUAACCUCAUUGAGAUCCUAACAGAGCUGGCUCAGAGUGAAGACUUGCAUUAAAGCCAAAAGUCCAACCCUACAGCUACCCAGGACCAGCCCUUCAAACUGACUUUCUGAACUGCACUACAAGACACUUUCCUCCCACCUUCUCCCUUCCAGUCUAAAAGUUAGAAACCCUUCUAUUUAAGGUGUAAAUACAUUCAUUCCCUGCCACAACAAAUGCUUAACGUGAAGCUUCACUCGGAGGAUGGAAGCAGAUAGCAAAUACUUGCCACUACCGGUUGAACUUUUAUGCCAUGACUUGCAUAACUUUUCCACAGUAGACUAUCUGGCUCCUGCCUUGUAUGUGUUUUAAUACAAAAAGCCUCUUAAUAUAAGGAUUUAUACAGCUCUCGUAUAUUCUUCAGCUGAAUGAAGAUGGUGUCCGAAUCAUGUUAAAAAUUUUAUCUAGCUACCAGGUCCAGAAGGAUUCAUUUGUGGCUAGUUGCUGCCCCCUUGUGUCCAAAGCUGGUAUAUUAUUUGGACAUGAAGUUAAAGAUAUAUAUUCAAAUUGCAUUUUCUGUGUGGAUCAUAGGUGCUCUUCCUGUAUUUUUACUUACUAACCUCCUUAUACCUAGAAAGCUGGCUGUAAAAAGCCUUUAGAAACAAUACCAGGUCAAUGUAUAUUCAGUAAUUUCUAGGCAGCUUAUAACUAUUAUGCAGUAUUUGAGCGGCUGUGUGGACUAUAAAGCUGCUUCCAUGGUUCACAUUUAACUUGAUGCAAUUGUUGAGGUGGAUUUAGCCUGGUGGGGCAAAAUCCUUUGCUGAAAACUUCCAUUGCUUUGGAGCAACCUGAGAGCAUGUCAGGGCACAGGACAGACACGGAGUGGGAAGGACUGUAGCAGUCAUCAUUUAGGUGCCUCUGUUAACAUUGCAGGCUCUUUAACAACCAUAAGCAAUUUCUCAGGUGCGUUUUUGCAAAAUAUUCCAUUUUCAUAUUUCAGAGUGGUGUUAACUAGAUCUAAAAGAGCAUUUUUUUUGCAAGUAGAAUUCUAGAACUGUGAGCUUACAUACCUUUCAUCCAUCUGCAAGGAACAUGAAAAGGAAAGGAGUUGGGACCUCACUGAGUACUGAAUGUCUGAUUUAAGGCUCUCCCUUCAGUCCCACGAAUGUAACCACAAUUUGUCUGUUUGGCUUUCUCACGGCCAGAUUAGCUGUGCCUGUUUCUAAAAUUCCUGGCUUUUCCCAGAUAUCAGGCAAGUGUGACCCCAGUUUGAAUCAGGACCAUGAGGAAGGCCUUAAGCCUUUCUUGGGGAGCUACUAUUUGUACAUGCCAGUUUCCCUAACAAGGCCAGUUCCCCUAGCAACUCUCCAAGGCCAUAUCAGGUUGGGGAAGUCACAUGGGGGGAGGGAGCAUAAAACCCCACCCUCACCUCAUGGCAUGGUCCCAACCCAAACUAGGCCCACAUAUGUCUGGUUAUUGUUUUCUUAAUAGUGCAGGAAGCUUCCUGAAAUGGGCACAUCUGAUUUGGCCACACACAUGAAUGAUGCCUAUGCAGCUUUUAGUCUUGUGAAAACAUUUGCCUCUUUAGUUUAGGAUGGAACCUAUUUUAUAACUUCCUGGAACAUCUGAACUAAGCAGAUUACUUGCAUCAGAACUGGCUUGCUAAAAGGUCAACGGCUGACAGAACAGUAGGGAGGGGAAGGGCUGCUGGUGUGUUUUAAUUUCUCAAGGAAAGUAAGUGCUGCAGAAACCCUGCCAGGGAGAAUUGUGUUUGGUUUACCCUACAAAUCAUCCUGAACUGGUUUUCUAGCUGGCUUCAGUCCUGACAUUUUAAAACUUCUGUCAGUUCAUGAUACAUAUCAUAUACCUCUAAAACAUGCUGUUACUAUACCCUGUUCCACACCCGCCAUCUCCUCCUGCCCCACCCUCCACGGUCCCCCCCCCCAACUUGUGGUUUCAUCUGGACCAGGCUGCGACAAGUGGAGUACAUUGGGGAGGGGGCAGGAGGAAAUGACAGAUGAAGUUGUAAGUAGUGAUGCCUCCCUUGCAAUGGGAUGGCCACAGUUUCUGUCCCUGCAGCAAGAGUCUCUGGCACUGAGGUGGUGGGCAAUGUCAUCGGCCCUUAGCUGGUAUGCAGUCUCUGCUCAGACCUUGCAGAAGGACUCAGCUCUCCUGGGGUUCCUCUGUUCAUAUCUUGCUGGGCACAUGUCUGUUGUUCUUCAGUGCUGUUGUAAAUAGCUGCUCUGUUCAACUGCUUUUCCCCUUCAGGCUUCCUAUGCUGUUUAAUAAUAGCCUCUGUGGAAGUGUCUUAUGGACUAGUCUCUGUUCCGUCUGUGUCAUGGAAAAGUGUUCGGGUUUUUUAAAGGUUCUAUUUAUUGCUAUUUUUGAAAAGUUGCACAGAACACUAAGUCUUAAAGCAUGGAAUCUUUUUUUUAAGUUUAGUUUUAAAAACAUUUUUCCACCUUUGUGGAAGGGGAAAAGUCCUUGAAGCAGCAUAAGUUUAUAUCAUUUUAAAACUGUAAUUAGCUUUUAAAUUGCUUCUAUUAGUCACUGUUUUAAAAAAAAGUAAGCUUGUUUGCAAAACCAGAUUCCUUGCUUUGUUGUUUUAAAAGAAGUGAAAUAUUUCUCCAGAUGUCUUUUGACCUUCCUGGAGGCUGGAACUGUUGCUGUGAGGUAGUUUCUCCUCUCCCAAUUUCUCCCUGAUUAGCAAUGACACAAAGAACUUGCAGAAUUAUAAAACACCACCAACGCACAGUGCCUGUAAGUCAAAUAACUCAAAAUAAAGGCAUACAAAAGGG